AAUAAAGAAACCAUAUGCCAAAGUCCCUGGAAACAUAAUUUAAUUAUGAUUUAACAGUAAGAUAAUGUUUUUGCGUUUGUUAGAGAUAAGAUUAGCAAUUUAAGGCAGGCCCCACCAUUAACCAAUUGACUAUUUUCUUCUAGUCUAGUCUAGGAUCUAUAAAAGGGACUGAGUUCUUUUAGUAGGUUUCAGUUCACAUACAAGUUGAGUGAAAUUAAGCGUCUAUUGGUUCAAUUAGCAAGAAAACAGAUAUGGGUUCUCUUAUGGCAGGUUGGGACUCCCCAGUUUCUGAUCCCCAAGCUAUGAAAUAUCGAAAAAAUAAGUCAUUAACAAAGGAAGAGAUAGAAGCAUAUUGGAGAUCCAAGAAACAGAUAGAAGAAGAGCAUCAGAGAUAUAUCUCUAUGCUAUCCCCUCAAAGCCAAAAACAGGCAAAUAUUGUAUUUGAGGAGGCAGCUAAAACAGAGCAAGAUAGAUUAAAUGAUUUGGAAAGUGAGGAGAGUUUGGAUCAACUAAUCAACAAAAAUGGAUGGUGGAUAAGUAGCAAUUGGGCACAUUUGAAUGAGCCACCAGUACUGAGAGCACCAGAAAGUGCAGCUUACAAAUACGUGUCACAAUUUCACGUUGCCAACAUGGCUACUGGAUCCAACACUGAACCCGGUCCAACCGGAAUCAACGCUUGAUCGUUUGGUUUUAGAGUUUAAACCGCUACUACUUUUGGGUUAGUUUUAUAUAUUGUAACGUAAUUUCGGAUGACAAGCUACUUUUAAUUUUGUUGUAGCUUGUGAAAGUGUGCGACUGUGUUUAUAUACAUAUAGUUAUUUGGAGUUGGUAUGAAGGUGCUAGAGCUUGUAAUUUUGAGACAUACUACUUACAUGUCUCUGUAACGUACUUUCUCGUGUUAUACGUAUAACAAAGUUUUAUUGAAGUA